CAUAGAAAAGCGUCAUAGUUUAAUGCCUGGUUUUUAAUGGACACACGGGUACUUCGUGCCCUGCGCCCCAUUACAAACAUGCUCCUAAACGUGGAACUUCUUGCGCUGUGAAUUAUUUAGGAAAAUUGGGUGUGUAUUUGGUUGCCUAUAUUUGGCGCAACUGAUAGGGUGCGAAUCACAGACACCAUCAGACACAAGGAAGUAUUUGCACAACAUUUGAAGUAAGAUGUGGGUUUUUGGUUAUGGGUCUUUGAUUUGGAAAGUAGAUUUUCCGUACGUGACAAAAAUUGUUGGUUACAUCAGCGGAUUUCAAAGAAAAUUCUAUCAACAUAGUGUAGAUCAUCGAGGAAUUCCUGGAAAGCCAGGACGGGUGGUAACUCUGGUGCCAGGGGCAGAAACAGACAAGGUCUAUGGCAUUGCUUAUCAGAUUAGUGAACAAGAUCGAGCUAUUGUGAUAGACCAUUUGGAUUACCGAGAGAAAGGAGGCUAUGUACGAACUCCAAUACUUUUUUAUCCAAAAGACAAAGUUAAAGAUCCUUUUGAAAUAAUUAUUUAUGUAGCUGAUAAUGAUAACCCACAGUAUGCAGGACCUGCAGAUGAAGAUGUUAUAGCACAUCAAGUAGUGAAUUCUAAGGGACCUAGUGGCACUAAUGUUGAAUAUGUCUUCAAUUUAGCAAAAGCUAUGAGAAAUAUUGCACCAGACGUUGUCGAUGAACAUCUAUUCACAAUUGAAAGAAAAGUACAAAGCUUGUUAAAACAUAAUAGUAGUUCGGUAGUAUUUUCCACAACGUUGAGUUAAUUAUUGUCUUAUGUAUCUAAAUUAAUUGCUACACUGGAUAACAGUGCACAUAGUUUUUAUUUAAAAAAUAUCCCUGUGAAUAUGAUCAUUCUUUUCAAAAUAUAAAGUAAGGAA